CAGCAGCCGGCCAGUGCGGUCGAAUAUUGGAACCGACGCGCAUUCCUAGAUAUAGUGCUGAGUGAUUGAACAUUAAAAACGAAUUCAUUUAUCUACUGUGUUUCGUUGCUCCAACAUCACCCAUCGACGCCCGCAAAUUAGCAUUUAGAAACUAUGGACCGUACUGAUGAAGCUGAGGCUCAUCCUCCGUCAUCAGAAGUGGGAUCUCUGUUGGUGCAAAAUGAAAAAAAAAACGAAGCGGGGAUUUAGCGUGCCUUGUUUGAACAACAAAACCAGAACAUGCGAGCACUAAUCGAAGCCCUGCAAGCGCCAAAACCAGUCUACCGCGACGGUCUACCUACGUUCGACCCUGACAAUCAAGAUACCGAUGCGAGAUCGUGGUGUGCAACAGCAAAUUUGUGUUUUUCUGAAAAUCCACCACGUGGCGGUCAACUUAUACUAGCCGUCAGCAAGGCGCUCAAGGGUGAAGCAUCGACGUGGCUGUCUCAAAUAGCAUACGAAGGAAUCACAUGGCCUGAAUUUAAGGUACUUUUCACCUCGAGGUUUAUUUCGACGGAAACAUUGGCGGGUACCCUCAUAAAAUUAAAUGAAGAAAAACCGAGCGAAAAAGAAUCACUACCCGCAUAUGCAAGUCGAUUAAUAGCCUCUUUGACUAAUCGCUGGAAGGAUGUGAACAAAGAAGAGAUCGCCGUAGCUACUGUACUCGCUCACUUAUCGCAGUUUGACCCGCGUAUUCAACGUUUGGCAUUUACUACGAACAUCAAUUCGCGAGAAAAACUACAACAAGAACUGAACGCAUUCUCGCAAUUAAAACGUAAGAUGAAUACCAUUGGAGAGUCGUUGAAUGUACCCGAUUUCAAACGUGCAAAGUUAACUGCUAUCAAGUGCUUCAAUUGCGAAAAGACGGGGCAUAAGCGAGCGGAUUGUCGAAGCAAGACGAACGACGUGAGAGGACGAGCUACAAUUGCGAACCCAGGGGCGCAGCAGCCAGUACCAAGGCUUUUGGUGUGCUACAAAUGCGGGAAACCGGGCCACAUUGCCGUCCGGUGUACUAGCGGCGGCGGCGGCAGCAGUCAGUCAGGCGACGGCGGCGCUGGCGCAGCACGUGGCGAGCGGCGCAUUGAUGUCUGCGUCGUGCAACCUCCAUCCGGUACAUUAGAACACAAAGAUUAACCGUCACACUGGGACGUGUGCAGUAGGAUGGCCGUGUCG